AUGGCCGAGGGGCGUCCGGGGAGGUGGUUUGGCUUCGGUUUCUGCGGCUUCGGGCAGGCGCCGGGCUCGGGGCGCGGGCCCGCGGCGCUCCGCACCCCCGAGCCGCUGCGGACGGGCGGCGACCUGCGCCGCGUGAGCGCGAGCUGGAGCUACACCGCCUGCGUGACCCGUGGCGGCGGCCUGGCGUUGUCCGGCGCGGUGAGCGGCGCCGCGCACGGCUGCCGCGACGCGUGGGCCUCGGAGGAGCUGCUCGUGGUGCUGCGCGCGCGGCCGGGCCUGGCGCCCGAGCUGCAGGCCUGGGCGCCGCGGUCGGCGCUGCGCGGGGAGCCCCUGUGGGCCCAGAGCCUGGCGCCCGCGGCCGACGGCGAGGCCGGCGCGCUGCCCCUGCUGCCCGGCGCCCGCGCCUACGUGAGCCCGCGGCCGCCCUUCCGCUGCGCCCUGGCCCCCGAGCUGCGCGCGCGCCAGCUGCACCUGGGCGCCGAGCACGCGCUGCUGCUGGGCGCCGACGGCCAGGUGUUCUCCUGGGGCGGAGGCAGGCACGGACAGCUCGGCCACGGGACGCUGGAGGCGGAGCCGCAGCCGCGGCGGCUGGAGGCGCUGCACGGCCUGACCAUGGUGGAGGCGGCGGCCGGCGGCUGGCACUCGGUCUGUCUGAGCGAGACCGGCGAUGUUUACAUCUGGGGCUGGAAUGAGUCAGGGCAGUUAGCGCUGCCCACCAGGAGACUGGCAGAGAAGACAGCCCCCGGGGAAGGAGGUGGAGAUGGCGCCGACGCGAAGGGAGGAGCCAGCACUGAGGAUGGAGCCCCGGCCACCUUCAUAGCUGUCCAGCCCUUCCCCGCCCUACUGGACCUUCCCCUGGGCUCUGAGGCCAUCAAGGCCAGCUGUGGGUCCCGGCACACGGCCGUGGUAACGCGAGCAGGGGAGCUCUACACCUGGGGCUGGGGUAAAUACGGACAGCUUGGCCAUGACGACGGCGCCAGCUUGGACCAGCCCCGGCGGGUGAAGUACUUCGUGGACAACCAGCUCCACGUAAGAGCCGUCACGUGUGGGCCUUGGAACACUUACGUGUACACAGUGGAAAAGAGGAAGAGCUGACAUCUGUGCGGGUGUACAUCUGUGUUCUUUAAAUCCCCUAUAAAGAAGCGCACAAAGCAGACUAGUGAAGUGCCGCGGACCGGCUCUGUCGGGACGACGGAGGACACCUAGUGGAGGAACUGGAAUAGGUGGGGAGAUG